AUGGAUUCUAUAUUAAAAAUAACAUCAUGGUGUUGUGUUUUAAGUAAUAUGCAAUUUUUUAUUUAUGUGAUUAUAUAUAAAAGAAAAUAUACAAUAUCAACUGAAAAUAUAUGGGUAAUAUGUAUUCAAUUUUUUGAUUUUUUAAAAGGAAUUGCAUUAAUUUCUUUUGAUGUGUUAAUAUCACAAGUAUCUAUAGAUUUUAAAUAUUUACUUGAAACAAAUAAUUAUGGUAUUUUGGGAGUAUUUCAAGAAGAAGUUUCAAAUAGUUUUAAAUUUGGUAUAUGGCAAAGUAUUGUUGUAAAUAGAUAUGGUAAUUGGAAAAUCAAAGAUGAUGAAAGUAUUGUUGAAGCUUCAAAUGAAAUUAUAUAUACAUUAUGCAUUUUAUUAGGUCCUGGUGCACAAUUUUUAUAUCUUACAAAUUUGUUUCCACUUUUAUUUCAAAAAAUAAGUGAUUAUGAAUUUGAAUCAUUUACUCUUCAAGAUUUAACGUUGUUUAUUCUUACCUCAAAAAUACGUUUUGGAUCAGUAGUUAUAUCAUCAGGAAUGUUAUUAAGUUUAUGUGUUAUUUUUAAUUAUAUUGGAUAUGAUAUUAUAAAUAAUAAGAAUAUUCAAAAAAAUGAUAAAAAAAAGAGUAAAUCAAUAAAAAUUAUAAAGUAUUCUUAUUAUGAAGAAAAAAAUAAUGAUUUUUGUAAGUCAAAUUAUACAUCUAGAAUGACAAAAAAAGGAUUUAAACUUUAUUUUAUUACUUUUUUUUUAUUAACAUUUUUAUUUGAAAUUUUGGUACCAUUAUAUUGCUAUUACUCACCAUCAAUUGCCAAUACAACAACUAUAUCAUGUUUAAUAAGAAAUCUCGAUAAUAUACGGUCAAUAAUUACGUCAAUAACCUUUAGACAUUCUGUGAAAUUUUAUAAAAUUGAAAACGAUAAAGAUUAA